UCUUCCCCAGAGCCUCUCUGUGCAGGACCCUGGCAAGCAAGGAAGACUGACUGCACUGACACAGGCUGCUCACCAGAAGAAGAGCAACUAGGAAUGGCCACCCCAUCUGUUGUGACGAUCCAGCCGCAGUUCAGCAUGGCUGCGCCCGUUGUCUCUAGCAGCAUGUGGCAGACAGGGCUGAUGGACUGCUGCAGCGACUGCAGCGUCUGCUGCUGUGGGGCAUUCUGCUUCCCCUGCCUCGCCUGCCAAGUGGCUGGGGACAUGAACGAGUGUUGCCUGUGCGGGACCAGUGUGGCCAUGAGGACCCUCUACCGCACCAGAUACAACAUCCCGGGGUCCAUUUGCUCUGACUUCUGUGUCACUCUGUGCUGCCCCCUGUGCUCUGUUUGCCAAAUUAAGAGAGACAUCAACCGGAGGAAGGAGCUACGCAUAUUCUGAUGCUGCCAUCCUCGCUGUACCCUGCAGAGCUGCUGCGGGCAGGAGUUGCUGCUACCCUGGCUAUUGCAAAAUACACCAUGGGGCGUUUGCCUAGAUUAUGGUUGAUUCUCCCUUCCUUGAGUAAUCUCAUGAGUAAACAGCAGAGUUUGCCUUCCUGCCUCCGUGUGUGUAACUCUUGCACCACCUGAGAGCACCCAUCCUUCUCCCUCUCUGUCCAUCUCAGCAGCCCCUGGUGCAGCUGAGAUUUCCCUGUGGCCGCUGCAGAGAAAGAUUUUUCACUAGUAUUUUGUUAUUUGCUCAGCUUUUAGAAAGCUUUUAAAUAUACAUAGGAGGAGUUGGUGUUGCUCAUCCAAGUUGUAAAAUUUGGAAAAGUGACUUCUGCUCCUGAUGUAAGAAAUUAUGUACUUCACAAGUGAUGUACUUAAGGAGUGAUGUACUUAAGAAGACCACAAAGGUCUUGUGAAAUAAGAUAUCCUCUGUAUACACAAGGCAUGCCUUGGUAACGACUGUGCCCCUGAAGAAGAAAUAAAAGACUGAUAAGAAGGGAACAUCCUACCCCAGGAGGCGCUGAAAAGUUGAAAAAUUGCUAAUAGGCACAAAGUCAGCAAAAAUCUUUGAUAACCGGAGGAAAUGUAAAGGUGGCAGGGUGA